AUGCUCAUUCUGGCCAUUGGAGACUUGCACAUUCCUGAGCGCGCAGUUGACAUACCGCACAAGUUCAAGAAACUCUUACAGCCUACGGGGAAAAUCCAGCAAGUUUUGUGUCUAGGGAAUGUGACAAACUCACAAUCGACGUUAGAAUUUCUAAAGUCCUUAUCACUGGAUUUUCAGAUGGUGAAAGGCGAUCUCGACCAGGACUACAAUCUUCCACUUUCGUUAGUCUUCAAUCACGAUAAACUCAAGGUUGGCCUUGUGAAUGGGUUCCAAAUAGUCCCUAAAGCGGACCCUUUGAGUCUGCUAUCGCAGGCGCGACUGAUGGACGUGGAUAUAUUGAUAUACGGCUCGACACACAAGGUUGAGGCUUACACGCUUGACGGACGUUUUUUCGUCAACCCUGGUAGUGCCACUGGUGCCUUUAGUACGAGCAAGAUGGACCAGGAGGAUGUGGAUACGGUGGAGGCAUAUUUAGCAGAGGUGAACGGAAAGAAACGGCAAGGAGACGAGACGAAAGAGGAGAAGAAAGAGGAGAAGAAAGAUGCUAAUGGCAAGGAAAAAGACCAGAAUGGCGACAUGAAAGAGGAAGAGCAGCCAGAAAAUAGCGAGCCCGAGAAGCCUGUGGAAAUCGGAGAGUACAUGGAUCCCGUUCCCAGCUUCUGUCUUUUGGACAUCCAAGGCUCUGUGUGCACGCUGUAUUUGUACACAUUGAUCGACGGUGAAGUAAAGGUGGACAAGCUGACCUACAGAAAAGAUGAACAGGAAUAA